GGGUGGGGUGGGGUCGCCGGCGGAAGUGACGCACUUGUUGCUGCGGUGACGGGUCUGCCCUGGCGCUCGGUCCGCUCCGUUUCGCUCAUCUCGUUUGGCUUUUUAAAGCACGAUCAUUAUGUCCGGCGGCGGCGGAGAGUUCGGCAACCCCUUGCGCAAGUUUAAGCUCGUCUUCCUGGGCGAACAGAGCGUUGGAAAGACAUCGCUGAUAACCAGGUUUAUGUAUGACAGUUUUGACAAUACUUACCAGGCAACAAUUGGAAUUGAUUUUUUGUCGAAAACUAUGUAUUUGGAAGAUCGGACGAUCAGACUCCAGCUGUGGGACACUGCAGGCCAGGAACGAUUCCGCAGCCUCAUUCCCAGCUACAUCCGUGAUUCGGCUGCUGCUGUUGUAGUGUUUGAUAUUACAAAUCUGAACUCAUUCCAACAGACUUCAAAAUGGAUUGAUGAUGUACGGAUAGAAAGAGGAAGCGAUGUCAUCAUUAUGUUAGUUGGGAAUAAAACCGAUCUGGCAGAUAAAAGGCAGGUUUCGAUGGAAGAAGGUGAGAGGAAAGCCAGGGAGGUGAACGUUAUGUACAUUGAAACCAGUGCUAAAGCAGGAUAUAAUGUCAAGCAGCUUUUCCGGCGUGUAGCAGCUGCUCUCCCUGGAAUGGAUAAUGCACCUGAAAAGAGCAAAGAAGACAUGAUUGAUAUCAAGCUGGAGAAACCACCUGAACCACCAAUCAAUGAGGGUGGCUGCUCCUGCUAAUACUGGCACAAUCAAACUCUUCCUUAUUGGCCAGCAUCACCAAUCACAUUAGUCAUUGACUAGCCACCUUUCUCCCUCUUGAUGGUGUGCUGGCUUGGUAAUGUGUGAGCGUGCUGCUGCCGCCAAGGUGUCAAACACACCAGGAGCUUCAUUCAGAAAAUUCAAUUUCAUUUCCUUCAGCUGCAUGGUUUAUUUAAGAUCUGAGAUCGAGUUUGAUUUUAUGUUAUGUAUUGCACUCUAACACUGAGCGAUGCAGUCCUCUACAUUGUACAGAAAUGUGUGCACGAUGUAAAAUGUUUGUGUGAAUAUGCAAAGAUGUUGCUGUAUCAGAUUUUCAAAAAGGAAAAAAAAUUGUCUG